AUGCGGUUUAUUGUAACUCUGUUUACUGCCCUCUUCACGUUUAACCAUUUAGGCCGGGCCCUUCAGUACCAUGGCGCGGAUUUCAGCUCUCUUGUUAACCUUGAAAAGUCCGGGAUCGUCUACAAGGACUCUAGCUCCGCCCAGGGAGCUAAAUUUGAAACAAUCCUUCAUAACCAUGGAGUAAACCUGGCUCGUAUCAGAAUUUGGACUAGCACCAACGAUGCCGACUACAGUCUGAACUAUGGUUUGGCUUUGGCUAAACGUGCUGUCGCUGCUGGAAUGGAAAUCUUUGUUGACCUUCACUACAGCGAUACUUGGGCCGAUCCCGGAAAACAAGCAAUUCCAAGUUCGUGGCCCAAAGACCUCAACAGUUUGAACACUCAGAUAUACACGUACACAAUGAAUCUCGUUAACUCAUUCUCGGCACAAGGGACUCCUAUCAAAUUCAUUGAAAUUGGAAAUGAGAUCAACAGCGGAAUUUUAUGGCCUAUUGGCCAAAUCUCAGUCAACGGAUAUGCUGGGCUUUCUGAGCUUCUCCACUCAGCUGCUAGUGGAGUACGUGCGGCGUCCUCUUCAACCAAAAUUAUGAUCCACCUUGCCAAUGGAUGGGAUUCAUCAAGCAUCUCCUCUUUUUAUUCUCAAAUAUUUCUCCCAGGAAAAUUAUCUACCUCGGACGUGGAUGUCAUGGGCUUCUCCUUCUACCCAUUUUACGGAACAGGAGCAACGCUGAACAACCUUAAAUCGAGCCUUCAAAACAUCAUAAACAAAUACGGAAAGGAUGUGAUGGUCGUUGAAACAGAUUGGCCUACCUCAUGCCCGGGAGUAGCUUUAAGCGAGCCCUCGGUACCGGUCUCUGCUGCAGGUCAAUCCACAUGGGUAGCAGAUAUCAGGAACGUUCUUUCUGGAUUGUCGGGAGGUCAUGGACUUGGAAUUGUCUAUUGGGAACCUGGUUGGAUUGGAAACGCCAACUUGGGAUCAAGCUGCGCUGAUACACUGCUUGUUGAUAGCUCUGGCAACACACGUAGUAGUAUAUCAAUGUUCUCGUCUUCCAUGUAA